AUGGAACCCAUCAGAUUCUACCGAAUCAUCGCUGAAACCAGCCACUUGGCAAAGAGGCGUUGCAUGAGCGGAAACACAAAGGAAAAGGGACUCUAUCGAUAUUCCAAGACAUUGGCACGCCAAAUUCUGCUGCCUGAGCUCGCUCUGGGUACCCAGUUCUACUCAGCACUGCCCAGUUUUUACGCGCUUGGCGUUGAGCCCUCCUUUGGACAGGAGAUGAGGGUGAAGUAA